AUGAUGGUCGAUCCCUUUGAGGUGCGCAUGCGCUUCACAGCGCAGCUGCAGCACCUAAAUGCCUCCGUGACCUCAUCCCAAAAAGCAGCGCAUUAUGCGCUCAAAUACCGCGACAUGGACGAGGACCUACACUCGUGCAUCCUGGAACAACUAGAAAGAAACAACAUGAACAACCGCGCCAACAUAAUGUACUUCAUCGAACAAUUCUGCGACAUGGCCACGAAAGAAGACCACGCGCCCUACGUCCGCAUGAUCCAACGCGACAUCCUCCGCAUCGUGGAUUGCGUCGCGCCCGCCGACGGCUCCGGCGCCGCGAACGUCAAACACGUCCGUCGAGUCCUGAACGGUCUACAGAGCAAGGAGAUCCUCUCCGCCGAGACGAUCGCGGAGAUUGAUGCGGGCUUGAAGGAUCGGGAAACCCACCCGGCGCAUCUCGACCUGGAGGCUGAGGAAGGGGGUGGGGGUGGCGAUGGUGGUGGUGAUGCGAGGGCUAAGCAUGGGACGCCGAGAGGGUCCAAGAGCAGUGGGAUGCGUGUGGACAAGCGGCAGAUUGAGCAGCGGAUUGAGGAGGAUCGAGAACGGAACAAGCGACUACGAGAAAGUAUGUGGACGGUUAGUGGGGAUGAUGGGGAUGAGCAUGGGAAGUUCUGGGAUGAGGCGAGUGAUAUCGGGGAGGAUGAUUUCUUGGCUGCGAAUGAGGAGGUUAUGGAGCGGAGGCAGAUGAUUGGUGCGAGGUGA